AUGGCUUCCACCUCCGACCCAAGAUCGCCGGACACCAGAGUUCGAAUCCUCUCAACAGAAACCAUCCACGCCAACAACACUCAAACUCUUCUCGAACGGAUUCCCCUCGCCGCCUGCGACCUCCGCCUCAUCCUCGUCGGCACCAUCCAAAAGGGUCUCCUCUUCCGAAGCCCGACCGAUGAUCAUCCCAUCUCUCGUCAGGCCUUCAUCGAAAACCUGAAAUCCGCCUUCUCCAAGGCUCUUGCCCUCCACUACCCAUUCGCCGGCCGAUUCUCCGCCGACGAACACCCUGACGGCUCCGCCACCGUCUACAUCGACUGCAACGAUGCCGGGUGCCCGUUCCUUUACGCCGUCGCCGACGGCGUCACCGUCGACGAGGCCUUGCGGCAGCCUUUCGCCGUCCCUCCCGCUCCCGUCAUCUGGUCGUUCUUCGCCUUCCCCGACCUGAAGAACUACCACGGAUUCACAAGGCCGCUGAUGUCGAUCCAGAUAACCGAGCUCGUCGACGGAGUGUUCCUCGGCUGGACGAUCAACCACGCCGUCGCCGACGGGACCACCCACUGGAACUUUCACCGGAUCUGGUCAAGUAUCUGCCGCGGAUCUGGCGAUUACUCGCCGCCGGUGUUCACCAGAGAUUCGUCGCUCGAUGCGAUGCACAAAGAUGUCAGAGUUCCCUGGUCGAGAAUCAGAGACUUCAACGAGGACAGUCUCGUCGUUCCGCCGUUGAAGGAAGGCACCUUCCACUUCAGCAGGAAGAAAAUCGCCGAAUUGAAAGCCAAAGCCGCCGCCGAACUAGCCGGGUCUCGCCAGAUCUCGUCUCUCCAGGCCCUGAUUUCGCACCUCUGGAGAGCCGUGACCAGAAGCCGCACGGACCCGGAUCCGGAAUCCGAGGCCCGGUUCGUGAUCCAGGUGGGCUUCCGGGGCCGGUUCGAGCCCAAGUUCCCGGCCCAUUACUUCGGGAACGCGAUCGGAGGGAGGACGGUCACGCUGAAGGUGAAGGAUCUGGUGGCGGAAGGGAGCUUGGGACACGUGGCGGCGGAGGUGAACAGGGUGGUGGCGGAGACGACGGACGAUAAGCUUGAAGAGGCGGUGGAGAAUUGGAUCAAGUCUCCGGAUAUGAGAGGGCUGGCAGAGUUUACGGAAGGAGGGCUGGUGCUGAGUGGAUCGCCGAGAUUCGACGCCUACGGGACGGAUUUCGGGUGGGGGAAGCCGGUGGCGGUGAGGAGCGGCUGCGCGAACAAAUACGACGGCAAGGUGACGGUGUAUCCGGGGCCGGAGCCGGGGAGUAUGGGGUUCGAGAUUUGUCUGUCGCCGGAGUGUUUUGAUCGUCUGAGAAGGGAUUCGGAGUUCAUGGCUGCCUUCACCGAAUAA